CUGGCUGAGCUGAACUGCGAGUACAGCUCCAAAUUUUAGACUUGGCACAUGGCAGAGCUUGGCAGCUGUAAUACGAGUAAAAUGGCGUUAACCGUGCCCUGCGUGGCCAUCAGAGGCUCAACUGGUAUCAGCGUGUCGUAUGGUCCACCAUCGUAUGAGGUUGUCUCUUCAUUCAAAAAAGAUGACAGCAGGGCAUGUAAAGCCAUGGCUUAUAGCCCACAAGGAAAAUUCCUUGCAUGGGCUAAUGGUACAAACAUCAAAAUUAUCUCGUGUCAAACAUGGCAACUUAUUGCUGAAAUUCCUAAACCAAAGGUGCUUGCCCUUGCCUUCUCUCCACAAGAUACCUACUUAAUGUCAUGGGAACCUUUUAUUGUAAAUGAUGCAAAUCCUCAAGGCAAUCCUAAUUUAAAUUUGUGGAAUCCAUUAACGGGAGCAUUUGUGAAAGGUUUUGUGCACAAAAAACAAACUGAUUGGGAGCCACUAUGGACAGAUGAUGAAAAAGUAUGUGGUAUGUUAGUUAAUAAUGAUGUUGUAUUGUACGAGAACGACUUCACAACAGUUGCACAUAAAAUGAACGUUGGUAAAAUUGCCAAAUUCAGCAUAGCUCCUGGUCGUGAACCAUACCAUAUUUGCUGUCAUUUACCAGGAAAAUCUGGACAACCUUCGUUUGGUUCUAUGUUCCAAUAUCCAAAAUUCAAAGCUCCAGAACACAAACCAGUUGCUACCAAAAGUUUCUAUCAUGAUGAUCGCAUCAACUUCUAUUGGAAUAAACAAGGAUCUAACAUGUUGUUAUUAGCUAGUACUGAAGUGGAUAAGACUGGUGCUUCUUAUUAUGGAAAACAAACAUUGCUCUUUUACGGUACCAAAUGUCAACCUAAUCUUGUUGCAUUAAGCAAAGAAGGUCCUAUUCAUGCUGUACAAUGGUCUCCUAAAAGUACUGAGUUCAUUGUUAUCUAUGGUUCUAUGCCUUCAAAAGCAACUUUAUUCAAUUUAAAGUGUGAACCCAUUUUUGAAUUUGGAACUAAACAUCGUAAUGCCAUCUUAUACAAUCCUCAUGGAAACAUUGUGAUAUUGACUGGUACUGGUAAUCUCAGAGGUGAUAUCGAAUUAUGGGAUACCAAAAAACACAAACUUAUUGCUACAACAGAAUCCCCCGAUACAACAUUAAUGGAAUGGUCACCGGAUGGUGAGCAUUACAUGACAGCUACUACAGCUCCACGACUUCGUGUUAGCAAUGGAUUUAACAUUUUCCACUACACUGGAACUCUGUUAUUUGAACGACCAUGGAACAAGCAGGAAGAAUUGUGGGAAGUGCAAUGGCAAAAGUUCCCAGCUGGUACUUUCAAAGAAAACGUGAUAAAUUACACAACGGUUGAAGGCAUUGCUCCAAGUCGUCCAACAGCAUCCAAAGAAGCUUAUAGACCACCUUCAGCAAGAAAUUCGGCGCGAACUGCUUUCAGUCUUUACGAUGAUGUUGAUGAUAAAAAGCCAACAAAACAAACUAUCCCUAACAAACCAUCCAAAAAUGCAAAAAAACGUGAGAGGAAGCAAAUAAAAAAACAAGAACAAGCAGCUGCCUUGGGAGAAAAUGUCAGUGUCAAUGGACAAUCUGCUACACCCUCUGCCAAAUCUACUAAUUCAACACCUAAUCCGGAACCCACUGACGAUCCUGAAAAGAACAAGGCUAUUAAGAAAAUAAGAACUAAAUUGGAUCAAAUUGCUAAACUGAAGGAACAACAAAAUAGCGGAAAGAAACUGGAAAUAAACCAAUUGGAUAAAAUUAAAAAGGAAGCAGAGCUGAUUAAAGAAAUGGAGGAAUUGAUGUUAUGAUCUUUGUUUGCGUGUAUAAUUCUACCACUUUCUUUCAAUCUACAAAGACCUCAGGUAUUGAGAAAUCGAUAAUAAUUCUUACCAUGCACUGAAACACCACAUCAUGGCUGAAUAAAAAAAUGAGUAUAAAAACAACUGUAAAACAAAAAAUUCAUGCACAAAUAAUAAAAUGACUGAUCACUCAGUGGUUACUUUGAAUGCUUAUCAGAUGUGUUGUUGUGGGUAACUUAUGAAAAAUGAUAAAAAAAAUUGAUCUGACAUGGUUGAAUCUGUGUCAAAGUACCAAGUAUUCUUGAUACUGUUGUCUUUAAAUAGGAUAAUUUUAAGCAGCAUUUUUCAAUGUAAUCUUUGCAUUAUUGUAAAACUCAACUAUCAUGUGAAAAGACAAACUCUGUUCCUUUCUUGAAUAUUUUUGAACAGCAGAACUGUAUAUAUUAUGAUUAGCCUUCUGUGUUCAUUUAUGAUAUCAUAAAUCUUUUUUGCAAGUUGUUGGUGCAUUAUAAAAUAAUUCGCAUGAAAUUAUGAACACUUGUUAAACUCGAAUUGUUUCUGAUCAAAUUUAUGACUCUUUCCUUGUAUAUUUAGCAAAGUGGAAAUUGAUACUUACACGUACGACAAGAUCGACUCGAUUACUUAUGUAAAUUUAUACCCGUUCUACUGCUAAAUAUAGUGAUAACUGAAAAAAAAUAGUACAAAUUGAAUAGUUAAUUUGAAUUUGUGAAUAUUUUAAGUUUUUCUAAAAUCCACAGGGUUGAGAUAUGAUUGAAAUUGAAUCUACAAAAAUGUAUUGCAUCGAUCGCGAAUGUAUUUAUUCAUUGUAUGAAAGUAAAUGAACUGGGUUCAUGAUUGUAAUUUAUUA